AUGCGAGCCAUUUUAGACCUUCCAUACUCAGAUUUUCUUCUUAGAGUUGGUGAAGGCCAUGAACCUGAAGAUCUUGAUGGAAAAAUAUCUUUGUGUCAGGAUUUAUUAAUUCAGUUCAAUAACAAGAAUGAAUCACUGAACAAGUUAAUGGAUUUUGUAUUCUCGGAUCUCUGCCUUUAUUCAUUAGAUCCAUACAAGAUGAUCAACAAGUGUGUUCUUACGCCAAAGAACUCUUGUGUUGAUGAUAUUAAUGAAAUGAUAAUUGACCAAUUCCCUGGACAAGCCUACGUUUAUAUGAGCACUGAUAGAACUCUUAAUGAAAGAGAUCAAGGGGACUACCAAGACUUCCUGAAUUCUUUAAAUCUAAAAGGGUUGCCUCCAAGCUUAAAACAGCAUGUGCUUUGUGCUGAGAUUGCAGUGGGUGAGCAUCGAGGCAAACAAGUUGUUUUGCUUAGAAUUCCACUGCAGACAUCUGAUACUGAGAAAAUUGGAAUUCCUUUAAAACAUAUUUUGUUUCCAAUAAAGCUCUGCUUUGCCAUGACAAUCAAUAAGUCGCAGGGUCAAACAUUGGAACGUGUAGGCAUCUAUCUGCACGAGCCUGUUUUUUCGCAUGGCCAGCUAUAUAUUGCUUUAUCUUGCGCUAAAAUGGCAACUGCAGUUAAGGUUUUGAUAAUGCUGCCAACCUUUCAUGAUACUGUCGUUGAGGUUAAGACCCUGAAUGUUGUUUACAGGGAAAUUCUAGAAUUAGCUAAAAAUUGA